GCUGACCGUUUACCACACGCGUCUCCUCAAGUAAAGUGCAUUACGGAUAAUUAUUAUAAUUAAAAAACAGUAAUUAAUUGGAGUGACCCCCAAGAACUGGUGUUUUUCAUAAAUAAUUUAUCGAUUUAAUCGUGAUGGUGGGACUCAGGGGGGUGGCAACUACCCUCCUCCUUACAACAUUUUCGGUAAUUGUUAUCGCAAUCACCUACGACGAAGGUUUAACUAGGAGUUUUGAAGAAGCUCAGAAUGACGAUGUCUUUGCAAUUGUCGUAAGACAUCCACGGGAGAAAAAAUUCAGUCAUCAUGCGGGUAAACAGACCCUCAUGGCGACCAAAUAUGGAAAUCCCACAACAAAAUUUCUAUUCAUGUUUGAUUCUACAUUGGAUCGAGUCAUUUUGGAGACUGUAAUAGACAAGAGCGACGGAAGACAAGAAAUAGAAAUAGGAAUCGUGAAUGGUUCUGAACCGAAGAGAACUAUAAUUUUCAUGGUUCACCAGAAAAAGCCGAAUUCCAAAAUGGAAGUUUAUGUCGAUUGCCAUCUAAUUGGAUCAAUUCCCCUGAACGUGACAUUCAGAGAGGCCAUGGAUCAGCGACUGGAGGAAUCGACUUUCCAAGUGUUCAGGGAGAGAAAGUACAGCCUGAAGAUCUACAGGGGCUCGAGGAUCCGAGACGGAUGGAAACAUGCGGAUUGUCUCUCAAAUAAUUUACGAGACGUCGAUUACGAUUUUGCCAGUAGCAACGUCUCCACGAGAGUGAGGAGAAGAGGAGAUCAGCCUAGUAUCCACACCAUCGAUGAAAUAAACGGUUGCAUCGGCGAGCGUACGUUAAUAAAAACCCUGAAUUCACUAAUUGAAUUUACGAAACGAAUUUGGGAAGAGCUUCAGAUAAACACUCAGGAGACGCGGUACAUCCGGAAGCUUGUGGAGGAGUGUAACGCCUGCAAGCCAGGAUUCAUCGUGAUGCCGACGACACCUCCACCUCCACCUCGACCAACGUGCAGCUACAAUCCACCGCAUUGUCAUGCAGCUGCUGCAUGCAGGGACACAGUCUCAGGUCCAACCUGUGUCUGUCCUCCAGGUUGGAUGGGAAAUGGCAUCCAGUGUGAACGGGUUCGCACUUGCCAGGAAAAUCCAUGCUUCCAGGGUGUCAGGUGUGAAGACUCCAGUCGAGGCUACAGAUGUGGAUCCUGUCCCCCAGGAUUCACCGGUGACGGGGAGCGUUGUUCCCGGGUUAUGAAUCACUGCGAGAGAAAUCCCUGUGGUCACGGUGGCUCCUGUCAUCCUCACCAGGAGCAUCCUUACUUCCGGUGUCAGGGUUGUCUCUCUGGUUUCGUCCUAGUUGGAUCUGAAUGUCGUGACGUUGAUGAGUGCGAUCUUCACAAUCCCUGUGGGCCACAGCAGGAGUGCAAGAACACACCGGGGUCUUACAGAUGCGUACAGUGUCCUGCGGGUUUCCGAGGCUCCAGAUCUGGUUGUGUGGAUGUCAACGAGUGCAAUGAUGGACGAAAUGCUGGAUGUGUACCCAAUUCUCAGUGCAUUAAUACUGAGGGCUCGUUUAGAUGUGGCCCUUGUCUUCCAGGAUUUACGGGCAAUCAAACGGUGGGAUGUCAUGAAGCUGGUAAUAUCUGCCCUGAUAGAAUUACAGUCUGUCAUGAACGAGCUUCCUGCAAGUGUAUCGUACCAAACGUUGAAUACACUUGUCAGUGUCAAGUCGGAUGGGCUGGUGAUGGUUACGUCUGCGGAUUGGAUACUGAUAAUGACGGCCAUCCCGACGAAGAGCUGAGAAGUGAUGGAGAAAUCAUUGACGCCGAUAAUUGUCGAUACGUACCCAACAGCGGCCAGGAAGACGCUGACGGAGACGGGAUAGGAGACGCCUGUGACGACGACGCCGACGAUGAUGGGGUCCUAAAUUCCUCCGACAAUUGCCCUCUGGAUGCCAACAGGGAACAGGAAGACACAGAUCGCGAUCGCAAGGACGAAAUCGGCGACGUCUGCGAUAACUGCCCCUCGGUCUAUAAUCCAGAUCAAAAGAACACCGACGGAGAUGCUUUAGGAGACGCCUGCGAUCCUGACAUCGACAAUGACGGUCUUCUGAAUGACAACGACAACUGUCCGUACAUUAAAAAUGAGGAUCAGUAUGACAGGGAUGGGGAUGGUAUUGGAGAUGCCUGUGACAAUUGUCCAACAGUAUCAAAUCGCAAUCAGGGGGAUGCAGAUAAGGACGGAGUGGGUGAUGUUUGCGAUAACAAUCGCGAUAGAGACAGAGAUGGAUAUCAAGAUGACAUUGACAAUUGUCCAGACUUCCCCAAUGCAGAUCAACGAGACACUGAUAACGAUGGGAAAGGAGAUGCCUGCGACGAUGAUAUCGAUGGUGAUGGGGUGCCCAAUAUCGUUGAUAAUUGUCCUUACGUGUACAAUCCUCGACAGGAGAGAACAAAAGGUGGACCAAGUGGAGACGCAUGCUGGGAUGACAACGACAACGACACGAUAGCAAAUCCCUACGACAACUGCCCGAACAACAGCCAAAUCUGGACGACGGACUUCAGGAAAUACGAGACUAUUGCCCUGGAUCCCGUUGGAGAUGCCCAGGUCGACCCCAACUGGCUCAUUCAUGACGAUGGAGCUGAGAUUACUCAAACUAUCAACAGUGAUCCUGGAAUUGCCAUUGGUCUGGAUAAAUUCGCUGGAGUGAACUACGAGGGGACGAUGUUCGUGAACACAGACAUCGAUGACGACUACAUAGGGUUUGUGUUUGCCUACCAGAACAACCGGAAAUUCUAUGUUGUGAUGUGGAAGAAGAGUCCGCAAACGUACUGGCGUUCUGAGCCCUUCAGAGCGGUUGCAGAGCCUGGAAUUCAGCUAAAACUCGUUGAUUCAGAGACAGGACCUGGUAGAGAGCUGAGGAACAGCCUCUGGCACACAGAGAGCACCCCUAACCAGGUGACCCUCCUCUGGAAGGACCCUCAGAAUGUCGGAUGGAAGGAGAAGACCUCCUACAGGUGGGAAUUGCUCCACAGACCCAGAAUCGGACUGAUCAGACUCUGGAUCUACCAGGGGGAGAAGACUGUCGCUGAUUCAGGGAACAUCUUUAAUUCUGUCCUCAAAGGAGGGAGACUGGGGGUCUUCUGCUUCUCCCAGGAGAUGAUCAGGUGGUCUCACCUGCAGUACAGCUGCAGAGAAACUGUUCCCAAGAUCGUCUACGACGAGCUGCCAUCCGACCUCCAAUCGAAAGUCGGGAUUGACUCACCGAAGUAUUAAUAAAAGAAACUCCAGAGGAAAUGAUAGACUAAUAUAUUUAAACAAUGAAUCUAUUUUUUUGAAUGAAUAAUAGUGAAUACGAGGGAUGAGAGAAGACAAUGUAAUGGGGCUAGGUAGAAUCAUUGAGUCGAAAUGUUCAACGUCAUUUUAUUAUACAUGUAAGACACAAAGACGUUCAUGACUUUGUUAAUAAUCAUUCAAUAACGUUUUUUAUUUCACAUGUUUAGUCCCUGUAAAUGAAAAUCCGCAUGUGUAUAAAUGCCUCUUCAACAGAA